AUGUCGGCUUGUGGUCGCCGGAUCAUAGCCGGCGCAGCCGCAUCACCGACGGCUCGCAUCUGUCAAGUAUCACAGCGACAACCAGCAAUCGCCAACGAAUUGUGGCGAGUGUCUGGAAAUCAAAUCGAUCGACGGCGAGGUAUAAUUCUGCAAUCGCCGAGGCAAUCGAGACGGUGGGUGAUCGAAGCUGUGGGACCCGGGGGAAAAGUAUCUGUACGAAAUGACGGUGGUGACGAGGAGAAGAAGGUAGGGCCGUGCGCCUACGCGGUGGGGGAUCAGGAGGUUCGAGAGUUGGUGCAGGAGAGAAGAGUGGAAAAUGAUGAUCGGAGGGUGGAGGUGGUGGUAGCAGCGGCUGUGACGGUGGUGUUGGGAGUAGGUAAUCGUGUUCUGUAUAAGUUGGCUUUGGUUCCACUCAAGCACUACCCCUUCUUUCUAGCUCAGCUCGCCACGUUCGGACUAAAACAACGAUGGGCUUACCAUGAUUUGGUCAUCUUCACAAGCAACAUACAUGAUAGCUGCAACCAGCCAUGUCCACAUUAUAGGCCAGUCGCCAUGACUUUAUCACAAGGCCCAGAUAAUCCAAAUGCCACUAAUACUCGGUGA